AUUUUAUUACCAGUAACAACCACCAGCGCAGUACAGUCCACGGGUAUAUUGAGAGCUGCAGGUGUGGUCAUAUAUAUACAUAUACACAUACACCUGCAUACGACAGUAAGCAUACUGUUCUAUCAAACGUUGCCUUGGUGUGACUGCUGCUUUGCCUGCUGUUCGCGCUCACCAGUCCACCCGUUCACCACCCCCGAGCCGAGUCAUUGAACAUCACCGCACAACAACGCUUCUCUCUCCCGUCAUCCUGGUUGCUUGUACCACGACUCCCGAUCUUUUGUGGUUGAUCACACAAAACAACCGCUUGCACGACAUUCUGGUUUCUAGCAUCGUGCCAUGCUUAUUCACCGCCUGUCGACAUAAAUCCCCGUCAACCGCACCACCGUCGCGCCUGUCGCUUUUGCGUUCCUGUUCAGUCGUCGUUCACAUGGAAACAUUACACAAACUCGCCGGCGUGCAGGACGCCUAUCAUCCCAAUGACGGCGAACAGCCUUCGCAACCUGUCCACAACGCCAGCACCAUCGGCCACGACCAGCCAUUACCACCCGUUCCUCUCGAUGAUGCCGAACGUCCUGGUGCUGCUCCAUCCCUCCACUCGCGCCGCGCCUCGCGGGUCUCUAUCCCGCUGAACCGGAAAGCCUCACACAAAUCCUUCAGCUCACACAGCCGGAAUCAGAGCCGAGUUGGCGGCAAUGCCCCCUCGCUGCAUGCGAGCUCGAUACCGCCCACACCCACCCUGACCCAGAACUUCAACCCAGCCGGCCUUCCACCGGCGCAGGUCUCACCGCUGACGUCGGGCUUCGCCGACGACAAGGACUAUGCACUCCAACAGGGACGCACCAGCUCGGGCACCAUCAGCACCGUCCGGCCGGGCGACGACUUGGUCCUCGACCGCGCGAACACGAACGCCCGCCACAACAACGCAACGCUGGGGCCGCCCGACGCCGGCGAAGAGACCGACGGCGAGUUCCAAUUCGAAUGGGGUCCCACCCAUCCCUGCUUCCCACAUCCCAACCCGCACUGCGCGCCGGCCAGCGCCGAGGCGAUCACCACCCGCGUCAUCCGCGUGCGGAGGGACUGGCUGGCGCACGGCGACCUGUACCCCGUCUACGCCAACCUGUACCCGGAGAUCCUCGACCCGCUGGUGAGCGACGCCGAAUUCCGCCAGGUCAUCGCCACGAUCAACGAUCUCUCGAAGAGGAUCUUCGAGCCCGCGACGUCCGCCGUGUGGGCGGACGCCUUGUUGGGCCUGGUCACCGGCUAUCUCUGGGACGACUUGGGCUUCACGGAGGCUCGGCGGGCGGAGAAGAAGCUGGAGCAGUUCGUCCAGCGGUGGAACAGCGAGCGCGCAAGAGAAGGGAAGGAGGUACGUGUGGUCCAGCCGCGGCGCACGGGAUUCAUGAACUUGGACUUCGUCAUCCCGGAUCCGGGAAUCAUCGAGGAUGAGGAUGCCGGUCCGACGAUGUCUCGACCAGUACUGGCGGUUUGAAGGGUAGACUUUCGUCCAGCGAGAGUCGAUCGCGAGUGAGCACUCUCGACUUUUCUCGGUGGCGCGGAAACAUUGCUCGAAUGGAUUUCGAUUUUCCGCGCAAGUACGAAUGAGGAGAAGAGGAUCGUAAUUUUCGAUGAUCUCCAAGGAAAUAGCGAGGCGCAUGGAGUUCUUUUUUUUGAUGUUGUCGACUUUUUCCCUAGCAUGCCGGUGUUUGCUUGGGAAUAUUGUUCUCUCUGAGUCUUGCUGGAUACUUUUUUUUGCAAUGUUCGCCCUGGGUCACCGCAGCAGGGGUUAAGCGGAGAGAUCAAAUAAUGAAAUAAGGUGACCCGUCCUGCCAAUGCUUGCGGACGACGGCAGCAGCAUAUCUGCGGCAUCAUGCGAGAAGCAGAGAGAGAGAGAGAGAGGUUUCUAUAUACCCUUGGUUGGUUCUUUUAAUAGCUAUAAAUCAUUAUCAUCAAGAAACAUGAAAUCAAGCGCUUUGCUCCAGCACCCUCA